ACGUAACCCUUUCUUUCUUCCUCUUCGCCAUCGUCGUCACCAUAUAUAACCGCUUCUACCCGCCAGAAACCAGAAAAGAAAAUCAACCGGAGAAUGUGCAGCAGCGGCCAGAUUUCGGAGUCGGAACAGCUGCAGCUUCUCGAGAAGCUGGAAGUUGUGAGGAUCAGCGGCCGAGAUAAACGCGGCCGCAAGGUCCUACGGAUUAUCGGCAGAUAUUUUCCUUCACGAUUGGUGACCGCUGAGGCGCUAAAGAAGUAUCUGGAGGUGAAGAUCUUCCCUAAGCUCAGCAGGAAGCCUUUCACGGUGGUUUACCUCCACACCGGGGUUCAGAGGUCGGAUAACUUCCCCGGAAUAUCUGCUCUCCGAUCGGUCUACGACGCCAUACCGGCCAAUGUCAAGGACAAUCUGCAGGCCGUUUACUUUGUCCAUCCAGGCCUUCAGGCUAGGCUCUUCCUGGCCACCUUCGGCCGUUUCCUCUUCUCCGGCGGGUUGUACGGGAAGCUUAAAUACAUAAGCCGCCUUGAUUAUCUGUGGGAGCACAUCAGGAGGCACGAGGUGGAGAUUCCAGAGUUCGUCACCGAUCACGACGAGGAUUUGGAGGAUCGUCCGAUGAUGGACUACGGAAUCGAGAGCGAUCAUCCCAGGGCUCACAUUGGCAGGACGGCCAUCAUGGACUCCCCUGUCUCCACCUACUCCAUGAGGUGUAUCUCGUAGCCGGCCGAGCUCUUCGGAAAAUUUUCUGUUUGUUUUUGUUUUGGAGUUCUAGGAAAGGACGAGAACUCCAAGCAUUGUAAAUAUUAUCUUUAGAAAAGCAGUGAACAACCAAAGUUCGAAAGAACAAAGUUC